CAGCGCGGCAAGAGCGGGAGCCGCUCUCCAGGGAAGGUUGCCAGAGGGCGUGGGGGAGCCGUUGCGCUGAGCGGCGCGUGACGGCAAGGCCUGCUGGGCGAGUGGGUUGGGGGCUCCGGCUGUUCCUCUCGGAGGGAAGCUGUAGCAGUGGGAGCAGCAAGUGCGGCGAGAGAGAAACGGCGUGGGAGAGGGCUAGCCAUGGACCAGCGGAAGUUGAGUGAGCUGCGGACCUUCGUGAAACUCUGCAAGCAAAACUCUGCCCUCUUGCACACCGAGGAGCUGCGCUUCUUCCGCGAGUGGAUAGAGAGCAUGGGAGGUACAAUACCACCGGUUCCAUGCAAUACUUCAACAGAAGCCACUCAUGAGCCAAAAGCUGAAGAAAAGAAGGCAGAAGAACCACCAAAACCACCGGAGCCCGAGAGUGAAGAAAGUGAUUUGGAAAUUGAUAAUGAAGGAGUGAUUGAACCAGACAGUGAUGAACCUCAGGCAAUGGGAGAUGAAAGUGUUGAGGUUACAGAAGAAAUGAUGGACCAGGCCAAUGAAAAAAAGAUGGAAGCUAUUAACGCAUUAAGUGAAGGUGAACUUCCAAAAGCCGUUGAUCUAUUCACAGAAGCCAUCAAAUUGAAUCCUCAUUUGGCUAUCCUGUAUGCCAAAAGAGCCAGUGUUUUUGUGAAAAUGCAGAAGCCAAAUGCUGCCAUUAGGGACUGUGAUAGAGCCAUUCAGAUUAAUCCUGAUUCAGCACAGACCUACAAAUGGCGAGGAAAAGCUCACAGGCUGCUGGGUCACUGGGAAGAGGCUGCACGUGAUCUAGCUUUGGCCUGUAAACUGGAUUAUGAUGAAGAAGCUAGUGCCAUGCUUAAGGAAGUGCAGCCACGUGCUCAGAAGAUUGCAGAACACAGAAGAAAAUAUGAACGAAAACGUGAAGAAAAAGAAAUUAGAGAAAGAAUGGAAAGAGUAAAAAAAGCCAGAGAGGAACAUGAGAGAGCUCAAAGGGAGGAAGAGGCUCGUCGGCAGACAGGAGGACCUCAGUUUGGUGGUUUCCCAGGUGGUUUUCCUGGUGGCAUGCCUGGAAUGGGAAGCAUGCCUGGUCUCAAUGAAAUUCUUAGUGACCCUGAAGUUCUUGCAGCCAUGCAGGAUCCAGAAGUCAUGGCAGCUUUCCAAGAUGUUGCCCAGAAUCCAGCAAAUAUGUCAAAAUACCAGAAUAAUCCCAAAGUCAUGAAUCUCAUUGGCAAACUAUCAUCCAAAUUUGGAAGUCAACCAUAAAAUUUCUUUUCAUUGCAAGACAUGGGGGAAGUAUUGAUCGCUUAUUGUAUCUUACAAUAACAUAAGCCAUUGUACUGCUAAUUCUCAAAUGAGAACUAGGGUGCUUUGGAUAGAAUCCAUCUUCCUCUUUGUUUCAGAAAUGAAUAUUAGUUCGCAACUGUAUCCAAGGUUUAUAAAAAAACAUACCCCCCUUUC